UUGCACUGUUUGCUGAGCGUCGCGUACUUGCCGUUGUGCGGCGCGCGGCCGAGCGUGUGCGACCCGCUCAGUAUACGCUCCGCGCCCGCGCCCGCGCCCGCUCCGGCCCCGCCCACGCCCCCGCCCGCGCUCGCGCCCCGCCCCAACGUCGCGCUGCCCGACAUGCGGGACCUGACCGACAGUACCAACAGUCUAAAUAAUCUUUGUUCAAUAACACUUCUUAAAAGUAAUGAAACAACUUUUGAACGGUCUCAUCGCGUUUGUAAUUAGUUUUAAUAAAUUUAAACGUUGCUAGAAAAUAUAAAUUCUUUUUUUAUUGUGAAUACGUACAUUAGUAUUGAUUUUUGAAGGUAGCUAUACUCUUAAUUAAAAAACAAACAACACCUUAGUCUUAUUCGAACACGGACCCUGUAAAGGGGCCAAAACGUCAAUAAAACUAAAUUCAAACGCGAUGAAAACGUUUAUAAGUUGUUUCAUUUAUGGAUAGUGCACGUGAAAAUAUAAGAAAUUCUUAGAAGUACUUGUGAAUCGGCCAACAUUUUUUUCUCUACAACUAGUUCAAGACGUCUCUUGGUUGAUAAGAAGAACGAGCAAGAAACUCACCAGCUCUAAUGGGAGUAACGACAUUCACAAAACCACGUCAUUACCAGAUUAAUAUAUAUUACCGACUACAUUUAAAAAAAAGUUUAAUGAAAAAUAAAACUAAGAUCUUAUAAUGAUAACAUAAACGUGAUACUCAGCUUAUUACCAAUGAUAUUUCAACGUGGAAAAUAAUCAAAUAUGCAUUUAAUUGGCGAAAUAAACUCCAGCGCGCUGCUCAGCGACACAGCGCGUUAUGUUACAGCUGUCGCACAAUAUAUAUAUACCUGCAGGCCGCCGUCGCACGCGGCCCUGGCGCCGAACACGAAGGAGGCGCGCGCCACGCGGCACUCGAGCGCGCUGCUCAGCGACACAGCGCGUUAUGUUACAGCUGUCGCACAAUAUAUAUAUACCUGCAGGCCGCCGUCGCACGCGGCCCUGGCGCCGAACACGAAGGAGGCGCGCGCCACGCGGCACUCGAGCGCGCUGCUCAGCGACACAGCGCGUUAUGUUACAGCUGUCGCACAAUAUAUAUAUACCUGCAGGCCGCCGUCGCACGCGGCCCUGGCGCCGAACACGAAGGAGGCGCGCGCCACGCGGCACUCGAGCGCGCUGCUCAGCGACACAGCGCGUUAUGUUACAGCUGUCGCACAAUAUAUAUAUACCUGCAGGCCGCCGUCGCACGCGGCCCUGGCGCCGAACACGAAGGAGGCGCGCGCCACGCGGCACUCGAGCGCGCUGCUCAGCGACACAGCGCGUUAUGUUACAGCUGUCGCACAAUAUAUAUAUACCUGCAGGCCGCCGUCGCACGCGGCCCUGGCGCCGAACACGAAGGAGGCGCGCGCCACGCGGCACUCGAGCGCGCUGCUCAGCGACACAGCGCGUUAUGUUACAGCUGUCGCACAAUAUAUAUAUACCUGCAGGCCGCCGUCGCACGCGGCCCUGGCGCCGAACACGAAGGAGGCGCGCGCCACGCGGCACUCGAGCGCGCUGCUCAGCGACACAGCGCGUUAUGUUACAGCUGUCGCACAAUAUAUAUAUACCUGCAGGCCGCCGUCGCACGCGGCCCUGGCGCCGAACACGAAGGAGGCGCGCGCCACGCGGCACUCGAGCGCGCUGCUCAGCGACACAGCGCGUUAUGUUACAGCUGUCGCACAAUAUAUAUAUACCUGCAGGCCGCCGUCGCACGCGGCCCUGGCGCCGAACACGAAGGAGGCGCGCGCCACGCGGCACUCGAGCGCGCUGCUCAGCGACACAGCGCGUUAUGUUACAGCUGUCGCACAAUAUAUAUAUACCUGCAGGCCGCCGUCGCACGCGGCCCUGGCGCCGAACACGAAGGAGGCGCGCGCCACGCGGCACUCGAGCGCGCUGCUCAGCGACACAGCGCGUUAUGUUACAGCUGUCGCACAAUAUAUAUAUACCUGCAGGCCGCCGUCGCACGCGGCCCUGGCGCCGAACACGAAGGAGGCGCGCGCCACGCGGCACUCGAGCGCGCUGCUCAGCGACACAGCGCGUUAUGUUACAGCUGUCGCACAAUAUAUAUAUACCUGCAGGCCGCCGUCGCACGCGGCCCUGGCGCCGAACACGAAGGAGGCGCGCGCCACGCGGCACUCGAGCGCGCUGCUCAGCGACACAGCGCGUUAUGUUACAGCUGUCGCACAAUAUAUAUAUACCUGCAGGCCGCCGUCGCACGCGGCCCUGGCGCCGAACACGAAGGAGGCGCGCGCCACGCGGCACUCGAGCGCGCUGCUCAGCGACACAGCGCGUUAUGUUACAGCUGUCGCACAAUAUAUAUAUACCUGCAGGCCGCCGUCGCACGCGGCCCUGGCGCCGAACACGAAGGAGGCGCGCGCCACGCGGCACUCGAGCGCGCUGCUCAGCGACACAGCGCGUUAUGUUACAGCUGUCGCACAAUAUAUAUAUACCUGCAGGCCGCCGUCGCACGCGGCCCUGGCGCCGAACACGAAGGAGGCGCGCGCCACGCGGCACUCGAGCGCGCUGCUCAGCGACACAGCGCGUUAUGUUACAGCUGUCGCACAAUAUAUAUAUACCUGCAGGCCGCCGUCGCACGCGGCCCUGGCGCCGAACACGAAGGAGGCGCGCGCCACGCGGCACUCGAGCGCGCUGCUCAGCGACACAGCGCGUUAUGUUACAGCUGUCGCACAAUAUAUAUAUACCUGCAGGCCGCCGUCGCACGCGGCCCUGGCGCCGAACACGAAGGAGGCGCGCGCCACGCGGCACUCGAGCGCGCUGCUCAGCGACACAGCGCGUUAUGUUACAGCUGUCGCACAAUAUAUAUAUACCUGCAGGCCGCCGUCGCACGCGGCCCUGGCGCCGAACACGAAGGAGGCGCGCGCCACGCGGCACUCGAGCGCGCUGCUCAGCGACACAGCGCGUUAUGUUACAGCUGUCGCACAAUAUAUAUAUACCUGCAGGCCGCCGUCGCACGCGGCCCUGGCGCCGAACACGAAGGAGGCGCGCGCCACGCGGCACUCGAGCGCGCUGCUCAGCGACACAGCGCGUUAUGUUACAGCUGUCGCACAAUAUAUAUAUACCUGCAGGCCGCCGUCGCACGCGGCCCUGGCGCCGAACACGAAGGAGGCGCGCGCCACGCGGCACUCGAGCGCGCUGCUCAGCGACACAGCGCGUUAUGUUACAGCUGUCGCACAAUAUAUAUAUACCUGCAGGCCGCCGUCGCACGCGGCCCUGGCGCCGAACACGAAGGAGGCGCGCGCCACGCGGCACUCGAGCGCGCUGCUCAGCGACACAGCGCGUUAUGUUACAGCUGUCGCACAAUAUAUAUAUACCUGCAGGCCGCCGUCGCACGCGGCCCUGGCGCCGAACACGAAGGAGGCGCGCGCCACGCGGCACUCGAGCGCGCUGCUCAGCGACACAGCGCGUUAUGUUACAGCUGUCGCACAAUAUAUAUAUACCUGCAGGCCGCCGUCGCACGCGGCCCUGGCGCCGAACACGAAGGAGGCGCGCGCCACGCGGCACUCGAGCGCGCUGCUCAGCGACACGAGCGCGCGCUCCGCCUCCGCCGUGCCCGCGCCCAGCGCGCCCAGCGCCGGCUGCAGCCCUACAUACGUACACGGACACUUUAUAAACGCACGUCACCAAAUAGCACGCUAUAAAACACCUAAAGUGUCCUAG